CGGCAUUUUUGAGAGGGAGGUCCCUGUGGUGCAUAUACAAACACUCAGUCAAGCAUCCACACUCACCCCUCACACUGCACUAGUAGCCAGCAGAGAUCUGACCUAUUCCUUCACACAGAACAGGAAGUUGAAGUGACCUGACAUCAAGAUGGCAACAAAGGGAGUCGGCAUGGCUAACAAAGGUCCAUCCUUCGGCCUGAGCCGGCAGGUUCAGGAUAAGAUCGACAGCAAGUACGACCCUGACCUGGAGCUGAUCCUGGUGGAGUGGAUCUGCCGUCAGUGCGGCUCGGGCGUGGGAAGGCCAGAGGCGGGCAAAGCGGGAUUCCAGGCCUGGCUGAAAGACGGAUGUGUCCUGAGUGAACUAAUCAACAGUCUGUCUGCCGGAGACAAACCUGUGAAGAAGAUCGCAAGCUCAUCCAUGGCCUUCAAACAGAUGGAGCAGAUCUCCCAGUUCCUCACUGCUGCCGAGAACUAUGGUGUCACCAAGACCGACAUGUUCCAGACCGUGGACCUAUGGGAAGCUAAGGAUCUGGCGGCGGUGCAGAGGACCCUGUCAGCUCUGGGUAGCUUGGCCAUCACCAAGGAUGAAGGCACAUACAAUGGAGACCCUAACUGGUUCUUCAAGAAAGCACAGGAGAACAAGCGAGAGUUCAGCGAUGACCAGCUGAAGGCGGGCAAGAACGUGAUUGGCCUACAGAUGGGGUCCAAUAAGGGAGCCAGUCAGGAGGGCAUGAGCUAUGGAAGACCCCGACAGAUCCUGUAAAAUCACUGUGACACACGUACUCAAAACCUCUUCAUGCCCCUUGCACCUUCUUAUCGCCUGUAAGCGUCUAACUGGUCCAUUACAACUCUGCUUUAAAAUCCUUGUCUGCUUUAGAGUUUAGUUACUUUCUAAUAAGUGCCCCCCACUUCCUUGGUCUCCGGUGACUAGUGCAGAGCUCACUAUGCUUAGUCCUCCGCACCACAGCUAGGACCAGCACAACUGAAUGUUUGUAGUCUUCAGUUGAAAUUGUAGUCAUAAAAUUGACAAAUGCAUUGGAGGUAAAAACACCAAAAACACCACGUGCCAAAGUCGAGCUGUUCCUUCCCUCUACAAGGUUCAAGGAACGGCACUUGUAUAACAGAAAGCUGAGCAGUUCCAUCCAGCCAGUUUUCAUCCAACACUUCCAUCAACGCUUCGCCUGCUGUAUCAGUGCCAAUAUUUUUGUACAUUGUCUUAUUAAAAAAUGACUUUAAAAUAUC